AUGGCGAUCGCAUCAGCCAGUAGCGUGUCGUCACUUUCGUCCACCUACUCCCACCGCCCGGCUAUCCCUUCCAAAAGCUGCCUGACGUCGCCACCGAGGUCUCUCUCUCUCAGGGCGUACUCUGAGGAACCGCUUCAGCGAUCCGACAGCAGCAACCAGGAAGACCGCAGUAGAUGCCUCUUGGCUGGCGCACAGGUUACCCGCCGGAGCUAUCUGCUCGCCGGCGCUGCGCUGAUGCCUUUCGUGUUCACGAAGCCCCCGAGAUUGGACGCUCGAGAGGUGGAGGUGGGAUCCUUCCUCCCUCCAUCUCCUUCCAAUCCGUCGUUCGUUGUUUUUAAGGCUACCUCCAAGGAUACGCCCGCACUUCGCGCUGGUAAGUCCUAUUUUCUUCUCUCCAUCGAUCCGCAUUAUUUCUCCUAUUUUACGAAUCACGGAUAGCUUCCCUCAUUUCUUCAUCCGAAUGAUUAGAAUGAGCUCCUGCGGGCCUAAGAAUGCCUUGUAUAGAUGAUUUUAUAGUUUAUAUAUUCGACCACUGCAUGGAGAAUUUCGACGCUCGUUGGAUUUCUUUUUUGUCUUUUGAAUGCCCUUUAACAGUUUCGAAUGAUUCUCAAGAUAUUCGCAUACAAGAACAUUCCGAGAACAAAUUCUUUAGGAGACCAAAACAAAUUUCUCAUUUUCACCCCAUGUACCUGGGUUGUGUGAGUUUGGGUGCAAGAAAGCAAUUAAUUGUCUACAAUAAUGUCAUCGGGAAAAUGAAGGAAAGAAGACUGCGGGAUUUACAUGAAUGUGACAACAGUCAGCAUAUUUUCAAGAGGCUCAAGACAAUCCCCAACAUCUAAACAUCCUUUUUACUGUUUCAUUUACAUGAGUGUCUAUGUGUAAAUAGCAAGCAUUAUUUGGGAAAUAUUUCACUCUUAGAUUAAAUAUUUUAAUCAAUUAUCAAGAGUCCGUGAACUAUUUCCUUUGGUAGGUGGAUGUAUUUGAUCUCGUGUCUUUUGUAUUACGCUGAUGUCGGUGAAUGAGAACUAUGUUAAAAUGUAUUCAGUAAAUUAUGACAAAACGAGGUCCAACGUGGUCCAGAUUCUGUUCACUAGUUCAGAAUGCCCUAAGAUUUAGUUUUAGUUUGAUGUCUACCUAUAUUUCUCUCUCUGAAUUUUGGUAAUCCGAUUGUCACAUUUUUUAGAGAUUAUCAUUCAAAUUACUUAUAUUGUUUUAUUAUAAGACGAGCAGUUAGUUCUUCCAGGAAAAUAUGGCACUAGGGAUUGAAACUGAUAUACUUUGUGAAUUUUGGUAAUCCGAUUAUCUGCGGAAAAUCUGGAUUUUCACCAUUUCCGACAAAAGGAACACAAGCAUUUCCAAAUCGCUCCAAUAUUUUACUGGAGGCAUCCGCUCUUGUUGUUUUUCCUACGUGAGCUAUAGAACUGCAUUAUUUGAAAACUGGAUGGUUUUGCCAAGCAUUAGUAAUAUUUGAAUGCCUUCCUCGGCAAAUAGUAAUAACCCCAAUAGACGGUUGAAUCUUAUAGAUUUUUCCGUCCCAGAUACUGUUUGGGACUCGAUUCUUAUGUACCUAAAUAAAAAAUUCGAGGCUUUUGCAUACGUUUGUUGUGGUAUGGCCCCUUAUUGAUAAUCUUGACAGAAAGAACAGAAAUUUUCAAGGACUUACACAGGUACAGAGGUUAUGGGAAUAAGUGCCAUGGCUAGCAUCGAGAAAGUCUCUCUGGUUGGUGUAAAGCAGGUGGCUUCUCCAUUAGGGGAGAUUAUAAUGUUUUUUUUUGUGGUCAAAGUAGGUCAUUAUCCUCUCUGAGAUACACCUCCGUAGGGACUAGGUUUACCAUGGACCCAGUGAGUUUUGGGAAUGCUAAUUUGUAUUUAUACUGGUUUGUUUUUUUCACUGUUAAUGGAAUGUAGAAAUGGUCUAAUUAUAUAUAAAGCAUCUUGUAUAAGAUAUCCGUUUUUGAAGGAUCAGGAUGUCGUGGUUUCUUAAUUACCUGUCCUUUUUGAACGAAUCAUGCUAGUUCUUCAUUAAGAACUACAGUAUUUACUUUGGACUGUGCGUUAUACCAUUUCUCUGUUAAAUGGCUUUUAGGAUGCAUGGAGUUGGAAAACUUGAUGAUCACUCAUUAUUGAAUAUAUCUCCCUUCAUUAGUUUUUUAGUACUUUUUUUUCUGUAGCACGGUUGAGCACAUGUACCACAUGCAUAUCCACACACAUAACUGUACCUUUUCAGGUAAGGCAAUACAAUCAUGGAAUCGUGGAGGAUCUGCCAUUGGGUGACCGGAUUGUCACAGUAAAUAGGUUUUUUUUUAAAAUCAUGGUGGUUAAUGUAUGGGGUUCUGUCAAAAUGGUUCUAUCGUCAUAUAUUUUUUGUUAAUGCAAGUAAGUGCAUUGUUCUGCAAGAAAAGUUAUUUUUUCUGAAAGAACCACGUCAAAAUGUCAUGGCAGGUAACGUGGAACCUUAUGAGUUUAUGCUCCCACCAUCAUGGAAACAGACACGAGUUGCAAACAUCCUCUCUGGAAAUUACUGCCAACCCAAGUGUGCUGAACCUUGGGUUGAAGUGAAAUUUGAGGAUGAAAAGCAGGGAAAAAUUCAAGUAGUAGCUUCCCCAUUAGUACGCUUGACAAAUAAACCUAAUGCCACAAUUGAAGAUAUCGGAAGCCCAGAGAAAGUGAUUGCUUCUCUUGGCGCCUUUGUCACGGGAAAUACAUUUGAUUCAGAUGAACUUUUGGAGACGUCGAUUGAGAAAAGAGGGGACCUGACGGUAACUUUCCUUCUCUUUGUUUCUAUGUGCCCAAAUAAAGCAUGCUUCUUAUUCAUUUGUUUUAUCAACGUGUCUUCGAAUAUGCAUCCAUUUUAUCAAUGCUUGUCUAGUGAAAAAAAAUCCUGUGGUUUUCUUCGACUUAGCCGUAUCAAGGAUAUAUAGUCACUGCAUAAAUUUAUAACACCUGUGUUGUAUUAGAUGUUGGGGUUUAAGAAUCAGAGGAAACCGUGGCUAAAUCUAGGACUGGAAAAUUUCCAUCGAACUUCAGUAUUUAGAAUUUCAUGAUGCCGACAGUUUUUGGGCAGAUCCAAUCUAGGACCUUUGUUGUAUUAGAUGUUUUGUACUAUUCUCACCUUGUUGAAUUACUCGGUAGCACAUUGAUGGAUAAUAAAUAAUAAUAUUGAAGAGGGAGACAAAUAUUUUCAAUGCUUAUGUUUAGUACUGCAUAAAGAGAAAUUUAGUUUCCAAUGAAAUUAACGAAAAAAAAAUACAGAACAGCAAUGUAGGGGAAUUUUUUUUGCCCGAACUACUCUCUCAGUAGUUCUCUUUCCUUGGCAUGGAGAAAUUAGUCCAGCCUUGCCUUAUCAGAAAAGAAACAGUAUUCAUUCACAGCUCAGAACAUCAUUUUAUAAUGACUGUUUUAAAAAUUCACACAUACAAAUACAAGGAACUUAAAAUUUAGAUAUUGCUGACUCCGCACUCAUAAAAUCAAAUCUACGACGGAAAAGUUCACAAUUCACUGUAAAGUAGACUUGUUAAUUCAAACAUCAUUACUUGAUGUUACUCAGAUUAGUAAAAUGUUAUUUCAUCCUCCUCCACUAGAACUCGGCGUCACAACAUGGACAUAAAGAAAAGCAAUAUAAUGUUUUUCCGGACAUGAUUCAGAACAGAUCCAAAAGAUGCUUAAGACUUCGAAAAGACAAUAUUCAAAGUAUUUAUCUAGUGUGACCUGUGGGUCACAUAUCUAAUAACCCAAUACCCUCAUGCAUAUACAAUUUUAAUGUAGAAGUUAGAACUCCAUGUGCAUAGUCAAAUGACUAGAUUCCGUAUGGCAGACUAACCCAGUAACCUUUAGAGCAACGUUUCCAGUCACAUCCAUUUGAUAAUACCUGAGAGAGCGUUUUCUAUAUUCCUUAUAUUCAACACUGAUUAACGGAAUAAAUGUUUUGAGAUUGGCAACAGGAUUUCAAUAUUUCUGUAUGGCUACUUCCGAUUGCUAUUUCCUUCCGCGAUCUUUUUAAGACUUUUACGUUAAGUACCUACAAAGGUCAAUGUUUCUGUGAUCUCUCCCUUUUAAAAAUUCCUUAUUACGUCUAAUUUUUUUCCCAAUAUGUCAUUUUCCAGUUGUGUCAUACUGCUUUUCUUUUUGCUUGUAGGGAUUUAAUAACCCUAGACCAGUCUUUCAGUAAACGGUAGUUUCUGGGAUUAGUCAUCCAACUGGAAUCUGAUCUCUCGGUCAUUAUUUAAUCUGAGAAAUUUUGAUGUAAAUAAACUACUGUCAUAUAAAAUAUAGGUUUACAGAUGGAUGACAAUUGUUUUUUACUGAUUUUUUAAGUUUCCUUCCACAACCUCAAGAAUAUUACUUCGUAUUGCACCCUCUUCUUUGUCUAAUCUCCCAGAUGUUCUUGACGAUAAGAAGGAUCUUUCGGUUUUUUUUAUUGGUAACACUCCGAUCUACAGUUCCCACCUGAAUCCCUAUUUCCAUUUUUUUCAUUUAUAAAUUUAAAAUAUAUAUAUAUAUAUCCUGUCUCUCUGCCUUUCAUGCUAGAGAGAAGAAUAAAAGUCCCCUCUUCGCUUCAAUCCUUCCCUUCCACAGUAGUUUCGUUUUUGAAGGAUUAAGUGCUGAUGUUUAUUACUAAUCUCGAUGAAAUCCAUCUGCUUCCCAUCAGACAAAAGUUUCCUCUCACAGACUAUUUCUUGCUCUCAAUACUCAAUUUAAAUUUUUUCUUUAAAUAUUAUAAUCUUAUAUCCAUAUGCUUUAAAUUCUGAAAAGAACCCUGUUUGUGCUCCUUCACCGAAUUAAUUGUUUAUCCCUUCUCCUCAUCUACAUAUGCUAUUACUCAGCCUUGGUUAUAUUUAUGCUACGAAAUGAGAAGAAAAGAGAGAGCUUGAUAACGUAUCACUGUAAAUAUACCAAAAAAAGGGGCAUUUUCAUGUCAUCUCAUUUAACAAGAUCUAUGGAGAUAUGAAGGGUGUAGAUGUAGGGUUUUUUAUGACACUUAUUGAAUGAAAUACUUCCAAUACAGGGGCAUUUUUUAAUCAGGAAUUCAUAUUUAUGUGGCUCGUGAGAUAAUAUAGUAUGGAAGAAAAUAUUUCUAGCCAUGACCACUCAGGAACCAAGGACUUGAUUUUUUUGCAUGGGCAAGAGUUCUAUCCAUUGCCCAGAGGGACAUUGAAUGGUGGAAAGCAUUACUAGCGGGAUUAUUGCCGGCAAACCGGAGAGAGGAACCGUAGAAAGACCCAAACAAGAUUUUCAGAGAUUCUACAGAGAAUAUAAGAUCCCCUUCCGAUUCGCCUCUCUUUCUUUCCUUAUUUAGCAUCCCAAUGGACGCACAGAUAAUUUUUCCGUCUUAAUCCCCUUUAUUUACUGAUUUACUAUCUUAUUAGAUGAAUAGAAAAUGUUAUAUAUUCCCUUUUCGUCAGUAGAAACUGUUUUUUUAAAUGAAAAAACGUUUUUUCUUGGUUCCCUUUCUUUCUUUUACUUAUUUACCAUCUCAUUUCUUUUUUAAGUAAAGAAUUUGUCCUUGUUUCCUUACAUACGUACUGUAUGCGGGUCGCUGCCGUUGACCCACCACCCUGACUGGUUGACUUUCCCCGGUGCAGUACUACACCUACGCGCUGGAGACUCCCUACGCCCUGACAGGGACCCACAACCUCGCCAAGGCGACCGCCAAAGGGAACACGCUCGUGCUCUUCGUCGUCAGCGCCAGCGACAAGCAGUGGCCCUCCUCCCAGUCAACCCUCCGCACCAUCCUCGACUCCUUCCAGCUCUGA